GGCUUUCCGGCCAGGCGUCUAACGUCCUCAGAAUCGGAAGUUCGCGGCCGAAGUUGCGUGGAAAUGGGCACUGGUGGGCGGACUGGGCUUCGGGCUAGCAAGGGAAACACGGAUGAGGUGACAGCGACUCCUACUGCUGCGUCGGCAUCCUGCCAGUACAGGUGCAUCGAAUGCAACCAAGAGGCGGAGGAAUUGUACCGAGACUAUAAACACGGCGUGCUGAAGAUAACCAUCUGCAAAUCAUGCCAGAAACCUGUAGAUAAGUAUAUCGAGUAUGAUCCUGUCAUUAUCUUGAUUAAUGCUAUUCUGUGUAAAGCCCAGGCCUACAGGCAUAUUCUUUUCAAUACCAAAAUAAAUAUGCAUGGAAAACUCUGCAUAUUUUGUUUGCUUUGUGAGGCAUACCUGAGAUGGUGGCAGCUUCAAGAUUCAAACCAGAACAGUGACCCCGACGACUUUAUCAGAUACGCUAAGGAGUGGGAUUUCUAUAAAAUGUUUGCAAUUGUUUCUCUAGAACAAACUGCCUUUUUUAUUGGCAUUUUUACUUUCCUGUGGGUUGAACGAUCCUUUACAGCGAAAAAAAAAUCCGACUUCCUUUUGCUGUUGAAAGCCUUGUUAUUAUCUAGCUACGGAAAACUCUUGCUGAUUCCAGCUGUCAUUUGGGAACACGACUACACACCCCUGUGCCUCAGACUCAUUAAAUUAUUUGUCCUCACGUCAAAUUUUCAGGCAAUUCGAGUGACCCUAAACAUCAGCCGAAAGCUCUCCUUUUUGGCCAUCUUAUGCGGCUUACUGCUGGAAAGCACCAUGGUCUACUUCUUCCAGAGGAUAGAAUGGGAUGUUGGAAGUGACUGUGGCAUCUAUAAAUCUCAAGACUUUUGAAUAGUUUUAUUCUUUACUACCUGUGGCAUGACCAGCUGUACCCAAAAAAGAGAAGACAAAAUAUAAACCAAGUUCCUCAUUGCUGUUGGGCAGAAUGAAGCAAAGAUUUGGAUACUCUUCCUGAAAAAGAAAGCAAUGGUUAUGGCAUUGGAAACCCCAACCUACCACUCCUGCCCACCCAUUCCCUCACGCCCAUGCAAGAAACAACGAUACCAUAUACAGGUACACACAUUCACUUACAGAAACACUUGCACAAACACAGGGAAUGUUGCUCAAACACAGGGAGUGGUAUAUGCCACAAGUGAAUAUUUAUAUAUUAGCAACUUCAGUCAUUUGAAUUGAAAGAGGAACAUGAAUUUAGAUUCACACAUAAUAAAGAUGUGUUUUAUUCCUUUGACCUUUGUAUAGCUUUUAAUUUAAAUGUUAAGUUAUUGACUUCAAAUAAUGUAUUUUAAAUAAUAUGUUGUUUUCCUACAACAAUUGGAACACUUUUCUCUUAGUAAAGUCAAAAUAAUCUCAGCUUUUAUAAACUUUCAAUUCAGUAUCUUCCCUCUCUUACAGCUAUUCUUUAAAAUAGGCUGAUCUGAGGCCUCCCCGGUGGCGCAGCGGUUGAGCGCUGGGUUGCAAAGCUACCUGCAGCCUCUGCAGAGCCGGUUCGAUCCCCGGCUGCUCCCCGGCCACCAGAGGAGGGUCCCACAUGGCGCGCAGACCUCUCCUGCCGCCUGCUGCUCCCCUCAGCAGUGUACUUUGGUCCUUCUGCCUCCUCUGCUCCCCGCUCUGGUUCUGGUGAAUCCUCUCACCCUCCUGCGCUUCUGACUGUACCCAGUGCUUGUAUAAAUAAAUAAAUAAAUCUUUUUUAAAAAAAAUAAAUAAAAUAAGCUGAUCCAGAAAUAACUAAAAGCCACUAAAUUGUUCCCUUACAGGAGUGAAUUGUUACUCCAUAAAGCCUUUAUUAAAAAAUAGAUAAUGGGCCUUCCUGGUGGCACAAGAGGUUAAGCACAGCACUGUGAAGCUGUCUGCAGCCUCUGCAGCAUGAGUUCAAUCCCAGGCCGUCCAGGGAGCUACCGACAUGGCACAGCAAACCUCUCCUGUCUUGCCCCACUGCUCCCCUCAGCAGUGUAUUUCAGUCAGUGUGCCUGUUCUGUUCCCCAGUCUGUCUCUGGUGAAUCCUCUCACCCCCUGCACCUCUGGCCUGUACCCCAGUUCUUGUAUGCAUAAAUAAAUAAAUCUUUAAAAAAAAAAAG